AUGUUCUGCUCACAGUUAAUAUCAUUCCUUACACGACGGUCUGUCCACUGUAAGAGGAGGACUUGCCUUUAUACUGCCAGACUUUUGGCUAACAAAAACCAAAAUCAGGAAUCAGCUAUGUUUUCCACAUCUCUUGUCUUCUGCUCAGAGGCGCCAUUAGCAGCACCUCACAUUCAAGGCACAGAAAAGAUAUAUGCACCAAAGAUUCAGAAAUUAGUAGAUGAAAUUGGUACCUUGACUCUCCUUGAAGUUGCUGAUUUAAAUGAAUUAUUAAAGAAAACUUUGAAUAUUCAAGAAGCACCAAUGAUGGCCAUGGCUCCUGCUGCUACUUCUGUAAAAGAGGAGGAAUCAACUGAAGCAACAGCGCCGAAGGAAGAACAAACAUUAUUCACUGUGAAACUCAUUAAAUUUAAUGCUGCCAAAAAAGUGGCAUUAAUCAAAGAAAUAAAAAAUCAGAUUUCUGGUUUAAAUUUGGUUCAGGCUAAGAAAUUUGUGGAGUCUGCCCCUCAACCUGUCAAAACUGAUAUAUCAAAAGAAGCAGCCGAACAGCUGAAAAAUGCUUUAGAAGCUGUUGGAGCAGAAAUUGUCAUUGAAUAA